AGAGGAUGGCGCACUUAGCCUCUCAUUUUCUAAUAAACAAGCUGUACCUCCGCACCUUUCAUCACAUUUGAACGGGACUCUAACCAGGUAGCAGCAGAGUUAACAUCCAUCCAGCAGAAUGCCAAGCCAACUUGAGGGUGCGAUGGAUGCACUGAUUACAGUUUUCUACAACUACUCAGGGAACGAUGGAGACAAAUACAAGCUGAACAAGGGCGAGUUAAAGGAACUGUUGAACAGCGAGCUCACUGACUUCCUCACGUCUCAGAAGGAUCCAAUGCUGGUGGAGAAAAUCAUGAACGACUUGGACUCGAACAAAGACAACGAGGUGGAUUUUAAUGAGUUUGUUGUAUUGGUGGCUGCCCUGACUGUCGCCUGCAACGACUUCUUUCAGGAGCAGAAGAAGAAAACCAAGUAGAUUUCUGCAGAAAUUCAAAUGUUCACUCGCUGUAAAUCUCUUCUUAUGAUUUAAAAAUCGUAUCCCAUGUCCCAUCAGUACAACGAUGAUCAGCACUUCCUGCUGAAUAGGUUUGUGAAUGUUAGAUUUUUCAACCAAAUCUCACAACAGUUGAUGUCAUAGUAGUUGUCCCUAAUGUACAAUGUAGAAGCUAGUGCAAAAGUACAUUUUUCCCCUUUUCUUCAUGGCAUUCAGCAUGUAUUUCAGAUUAAUUAAUUUCAUUUGAAAGCAUGGGUUAUUCCCACAACACAAGGAAAAAGGGGAAAAAUGAUGUCCUUGUACAUACAUUUUUACUUUAAACCAUCCUUGACUAUUUCACAAACUGCUGUUAGACCUGCGAGACUUCGUCAUUUUGUCUUUUAGCCAAGAGCUGCAAAAUUAUUUUUUAAUCUCACCUUCCACUUACUUGAUCAAAACUGUUCUUCUUUUUUGUAGUGAUGUUUUACCUCCAAAUACAACACACCUGUUUUUACUAUAUUAACUCCUGUUAUUGUUUUUUUUUUUCUUUU